AUGGCAUAUACGAAGCCGCAAAAAAUGUCGGAAAGGAAAUCUAUAAAGAACACGGUAAGUUGGCACUAACAAACUUUACAGAUGUUACCCAGUCGCUUCAGAGAUUUUCGGGUUCCAUAAGCUUAUUUGUCCUCUUCUGUAAUGCUACCCUUCACUAUCAAGCCAAAUAUAAGCUGCAAAGCAUUAAUUCUCUGCGUGCAAAAAUAAAGACUGUCUGACUGGAGGAUGUAUUUAUUUUACAAGCUUUUAUUUGAAAUAAAAUGUGGAACUCUUGACGGUAAUCCAAAUAAAUGGGAACAACAAAAAAAGAGAGCGAUGAUGGUCAUUUGACACUGAAGUUAUAGCCAGUAAUGUUUUCGAUGGCAGAGAUGACAGUAGUGUUGAUGCCAAUGGGGAUAUUGAUGAUUGUCAUGGAAAAUGACUAUUACAUCGAUGAUGAUAAUGAUGAUGACAGUGAUGAUUGUGAUGUGUAGGAAAAGUGUGAAUGUUUAGAAGCUCCAUUAUCUUGUGUAUCGGGAUGCAGUGCCAUGAGUUGUGUAGAUCGUGCCUCAAAAGACAUCUGUCAGUAACAGUUAACCUCCAAGUGAUGAUUCAGUGAUAAGAGUUUAAGUUAAAAUACAGAAUGCAAUCAAGUAAAUAAACUUAAAAUUUGUUGUGAAUAAAGUUGUAUUACUUUACCUUUUCAUUCUUCCCUAGUCAAGUAUGGCUCUUGCUGCUGUAGCUUUGCAGGAUCACAUGGCUCGUUCACUAUCCCUUCAUGAUCCACUGAAGAAAAAGAAAAUUAACCACAGCUUACCUGUGAAAAAUAGCAGAAAUUUAACAUCAAAAGAAAAAUGUAGCAGGAAAGAUGAAGAUCAGAAAAAAGAAUAUGUUCUUGAUCCUAAACCAGCUCCACUGACAUUAGGCAAGUGUAAUGCAGAUGUUGUGGUUCAAUUUAAUCCUUGGUUUAAAUUUUUCUCUUUAUCAUACAAUCAUUAUCAUACCCAAAAACAAAAGGAAACAAAAUUUAAACCAUGGAUAAAAUUGAACCACAACGUACAUUUUGCAAUAUAAUAUACUGAUAAUAAUUUAUAAUCUUAAUUAUGCAAAUAUCUCUUCCAGAUUACCUAGCGGUUUCUAGGGUAUGGCACCAAUCUCCUGGUCUCCCUUAUAAGUCACCAAAUUUCCCAAUGUCUCAAUCAACCUUUGAGCUUUUUUUGUGUGUCAAUUUUUAAUUUAGUGCAUAUUUAUCUCAAAAUCUAAAAAUUUCUUUCAUGCACUCACAGUUUUUGUGGCCAUCAUUUACAAAACCAACAGUAUUUCGUACACCUGUAGAACCAAUUUUGAUGGUCUGUAUUAGUUUAUUCAUGUUUGUGGGCUCGUUUACAGAGAUAUGUAAUGUGUUUGGGUAUGAGGUCGAUUUAUUCUGACCAUGGACCAGAGAAUCGAAGGAGUGGUUUUAUCGUGGAUAUUUUUGAGGGUGGGGUAAUGCAAAUGAGUCUACAGAUUUAAGAUCUCCUGAUGUUGGCAUCUCUGGUUCUGUUAGCAGUAUCUCAGUCUUGAAUGUGCACUCGUGUCCAAUACACACGAACUAAGUCAAGUCGUCUGUCAUCAAAGUCGACCAGUCUACUGAAAGUCAGGUCGUGAGAUGCCAAACGGAAGUAAAACUCGAUCUUCGGAAGUCAACAUCACUUAUCUGCUCCCCCAUAUAAAUCUUGAUGGAUCGUGUCGGAUGGUGACAGGUUGUAUGACCCAAAUUUGUUUAAGUCUCUCGCCACCCAACAACCAGAAAGUCGGGUCAACUAUUUCCCUUGAUGGGUGAUCACCACCCUUUUCCCUUUAAAUCCACAACCUGACUUCUGGUAGACGGGUCGACUUGAACGUCAUACGACCUGACUCAGUUCGUGUGUAUUGGACAACCCUUGGAAUGGGGGUGAUAAAAAAUUGACCCAAGUUUUUGCAAAAAGAGUUGGUAUUGAGGGUUUCAAAUCCAUACCCUGUUUAGGAUAAAAGGAAACUUACAGCAUAGUUUUCAACCAUCCCCUCGAUUGAUAACAAGAGUAUCAGGCUGCUGAGGCCCAUAUACAUCUGUAAAAUCAGAAUCAUAGCUUCUGGUUAAAUACAGUGGUUGUAGCUUUGGCUCCUGUGUAGAGUUUUGAGAGGCGCCUUUUAAUCUCAUUCAAUUUUUCCAGAGCUCUCUCUAAAUCAGGAGAAAUCAGACAAAAUAUUGUCUAGUUGUUAAUUAACAAUUUUACAAUUAUAUAGCUCAGAAACUUGGCCUUGUUGAAGCUCCAGAAGUUUUACUAUCUGACAAAGAAUGGAAAGAAGUGAAGGAAAAGUCAAAUGCCAGACAAGACUCCUCACAGCCUUGUGUUAUCUGCAAAGAGGACUUUGGACUUCAACAACAAGUAAGCCGUUUAGAUCAGUAUGGAUGCACAGGCAUCCAAUCCUCUGUGUUUUGUUCAGUUUUUAUCUUGCUUUUUAAAAUAGUAAAAGUGGAUAUAAUGAAUUAUAUUUUAACUAGCCUUGUUAUUAAGGAGACAAUCUAGUUCUGUUCAAAAUAAUUUAUUGUGGUCAACAAGAGGAGCCCACUGUGACAACCCUGAUCUCCAGGUUGUUAUUACCUUACUCUCUAACUCUAAAACUUGCCUUAAAAUCCUUGCUAUUUCUAGUAGCAUAGUGUUUUGAGUAAUGAAAUACUAAUUCUUAUGUUCAACUUUUCCAGCCACUUAUAUCCAAGUCUUUGUCACACUUCCCAAUGAUCCUACAAGGAUCAGUAUCGCCUUCACAAUUCUCAUGUCCCACAUCCUUGCAAUUUCUCUUUAAGCUCCUGGUAUUUUUGAAACUUCUCAUUCUCCUUUUCACUAAUUCUCUUAUCCCCUGUUAGAGCAAUAUCGAUAAUGGUACACUUUCUCUCCUGUUCAGUUUUUUACAACAACAAGGUCCGGUCUUCUAGCCUCAAUGACUUGGUCACAUUGGAUGUUCGUAUCCCAUGUGCAGUAGUUUAACUUCAUUGUUUCACUUGAACUGUCAGACACUUGUUCAUACCACUUUUCUUUUUUUUUCUUUCUUUCUUUUUUUUUCCAGAUGACAUUUCUUACAUAACUUCCAAUGGACUACUUUUGCAAUAUAAUUGUCAUGUCUCUGUUUUUGGGGGGAUUCUGCCGUCUUGUCAAUAUUAUGGUAUACAUAUAGUUGGUUCUGAGAGCUUUUUCCUGGCCUGCAUGAGUAAGUGCUUGUGUUUGGAUAUUCAAGUCUGCUUUUCAUAACCAGCUCCAAGUUUCUCUUGCAUGCAUUGUUUCGGUUGUUUCUCUUACAGCCUCUUUUCCUUCCAACUGUUGCAUUUUCAUUGUUGCGAGAUGUCUUGGAUUCAUCUUUACUGACAGUUUCCUCACUUUCAAUUACCCCCUAAUCACUAUCAUUAAAAAAAUAUGGACCUCUUUUUACAUAUUUUGGUGAUGUUGUUGGCAGCAUCAUUAAGAUUAUUCGACCACCUCCCAGAAUACUUGUAUAUUUCAAGGGAAAAAAAAAUGAACGAAAUCUUUAAACCUUUUCCUCAAUGAUAAAAAUGCCACAUAAUGCAAACUCUACAUAAUAAUUAUACUGUUAAACAUUGUAAAACGUGGAAGAACUGUGACUAUUUUUGUUUGCAUACACUCUUGUUGAAAUUUUUUCUGCUUUAUGUUUUAGGUGUUGUUAUCCUGCAGUCAUGUUUUUCAUAGGGUGAGUUAAAAGAAACCUGUUUUGUUUGCAAACAUUUUUUUUUGGCGAUAUUGUGAUGUUCAAAGUACACGUACUGUAUUGGAUGUUUGACAUUAUUUCUCAAGCAAAGUGGCUUUAGAAGAAGACAUGAAUUGUUUUUUGCGUUGAUUUUCAAAAAUUCAAUAUACAUUAAUAUAUCCUUUGUACAUGUAUGUUGAUAUUUAUUUAUUUUAUGCAUUUAUUUAUAUAUUUAUUUAUUCACCUGCAGACUUGCUUGGAAGCCUUUGAGAAGUUUUCAGGUCGCAAAUCAUGUCCAAUGUGCAGGAAAGAGCAGUACCAAAGGCGGAUAAUCCAUGAAGGAGCACGAGAGUACAGAGUUAAAUGCGCAACGAGGUAUGUGACUGUUCUGCCAUAGCUUGAUUUACGGCAUUCUUUAAGACUGAUGGGCUAGUUACAGUCUCAGACAAAAAAGGUUGGGACACUUCCACUGCCGAACGCUGAUUUUUUCUUUCCCUUCUUUCUCCUCUCCCUCCCAAUGUUGUUUAUCGAACUUAACCAGGGGCACCCAGCGAGAAUAUAGUACAAAACCACUAAAACAUAGUAUUUUUAAACGUAUUUUAGUAUUUAAACGGUAGAUAUAGGCAUAUUUUUUUUUCACCUGUUCGGAUUUCCUAGCUGAAAGUCUAGUGAUCCGAAAAUUAUAGGGAUCAAAACUUACCUUUUCGAUAAUUUCAGUCAGAAAAAAGGUUCCCGAAAAUUCUAGGUGACCUUUUUAGGGUAAAAAUCCUUUAAAAUGGGCAAUUAUACCAUUUUUUAGAUCCUCGAAAAUCCUAGGAGAGGCAGGCAAGCAAUAAAUUUUACAACAAAUAUUCUGAAAGUUCUAGAUCUCAAAUCGUCUUCCGAACAGAAAUUUUCCGAAAAUUGACGUUGGGUGCCCCUGAAUCUUGCACACCAACAUUAGGAGGGCGAGAAGACAUUCAAGUACCCCCAACAAUUUUGACUGAGACUCGAGUUUGACAGGAUAUAUAUUUUGCCGGCGAGGCGGGAGCAGCAGUAUUAUUUUUUUUGAAGAAACACUGGAGAGCCUGUCGGGCACUUACUUAGCCUGCGUAGCAUGGCGGUUUUGUCGAGCCGGGGGCACGAGCAGCGAAGCCGCGAGAAAAAUAUUCAGGUAGCUCCUGCCCCAAUCUCCUUGCGGUAUCUCUGCCCUCGCCCGCCUUUAUUACUUAGCGCGCCCAACCAAAACCGCCUUGCUACGCAGGCUAGCACUUACUUUUCAAUCUGAAGCAGCUACAUGAAAUUCAACAACUUCUCGAUGGUAUCCGGUCUACCUCGCCACCAAAACCUCUCGCCACCAACGAAAUUGCCACCAAGAAAUAUAUAUCUAAAUACUUAUCUAAAGGACAAGUCUCUAAAAGAAAUUCUUUGACUUUAGAUUUGCAAUGAAAUUUAAGGAGGUAAGUUUCAAGUGACAAUACAUGUAUUAACCAACUUUCAUAAGAAAGGCUGUUGGAUUCUAAACACUGAAUCGCACCUCUCGAACAAUGCAAAUAAGUAAAUGGUACUUUUAAAAAUGGUAUUAAAAAGUCGCGGUUAUUUAGAAAAAAAUAAAACUAAAGAUGGCAAGUUCGACGCAAGGUGUCAAUUAAAAUCGAUGGACAAAUAUUUGGGCUUGAGGAAGAAGUAAAAAUCCCAGGUAAGUAAACAGUGUCAAUUAUUGCAGAGUUACUGUAUUACCUGGUGGCGAGUAGACUUCUUGGUGGCGAUUUCGUGCCAUUUUUUCUCAUGGCCCAUCUCAAAUUCGACCAGCCCCCCCUCCCCCAUCCCACCCCCGUUACCUGAUAAAAAAGUAAACGGUGACUUAGAACCCUGUGCGCACGUUCAUCAUCAUCAUCAUCAUCAUCAUCAUCCUCUUCAUCAUCAAUCUUAAUUUAUACACCAAAUCGUGUCACUUUUACAUGGUCUUCCUAGGAAUCGUGUGUAAAAUUAUACUAAAAUACUCUAAGAAACUACUUGACUAUAAAGUUAAAAAUACAAAAACGUAUAUUAUAAUAAGACUUACAAUACAAUACAAUACAAUAACUUUAUUUAAAGAGGAAAGCGCAAUAACCUAUUACAGUUUUCUAACUUACAGUUACAAUGAGUCACAGUGUAUUAAGAUAAUCUUUCCCAUGAAAUGAAGUUUUGAAAACAUUUAAACUAGGCAAGUUUCUAAUCUCCGAGGGAAUCUUGUUCCACAGAACAGAUCCUCUGUAAUGUAGUCUCCCUUUUGCACGUUGUUCUCUUGCCUACAUAGUACGUGAAGUCGUCUCCGUGCCCUUUUAGCCAAAGAAGCACACGAGUAACGAGGGCUCCUAUGUUUUCGCCUUCCCUCGCGUGUCUCUAGUCUUUCUAAAAAGUCCUUCGUCGGAUUUAAUAUGGCGUGGGACGAAAACUCUCUCGACUUCGUCGCUCGGUCUGCUGAGCGCGCUACGCUCGCCAAACUCGUGAGGUCGACUUGUAGCAAGUCUAGCGUGUCUCCUACACUUCUCCCACUUGGCUAAAAGGCAAUGGAAACGUCUUUUACGCGGGAUAGCUCUUCCCAGGUUGGGCAUUUUGUUUUGCCAUUUAUGUUUUUUGGUUGGUCUUUGAGCAGAAUUCAAGCUGCAUGGCGUGGUUACUUAGUACGUCAGUGGUACAAGAAGCUGAGAGAGUCUGUUCCCCCAAAUGAUCCCAAACUGCGAAAAAAGUUUUAUGAAGACAAGGUAAACUUAUUUCCCAUACACACGGCAAAAAGCUACAAGUGUCUAUGCAAUUUGCUGAUUUUUUGCCUAGCAUAGAAUUAACAGGUAUAGAGCUUUUAAAAUUUAAAGGUUAGUCCUUUGGGUUUACUUCAGGGCGACAGUUUUUCAAAUAUACCAAACAUGUUUCGGGCAACACUAUCAAGCGUAGAUGCUGCCAAAUAUCGAGGAGAUUUCAUUAAUGAUGCCAACACACGAUUUCGUCCACAUAUGAAACUUCAUACUAUUCUAAAAUUGAUAGUGCUACCAUUAUAACUAGAACUACACACUAAAUGAAUAGUACCACGUUAACAAGAGGUUUCAUUUGAAUAUAUAGUCACACCGUAGUAUAUCAUCCACGGACUCAAAAGUUAGAAUUACAACUGUACGCACUAAAUAUAUAGCAUCAUGUUAAAGUACUGCUGAAGAGGUUUGAUUUGAAUGGUAACACCAUAGGAUUUCAUCCACAAACUCAAAAGUUAGAACUAGAUUCUAAACAGGUAGUACGAUGUGAAAGUACGGUUGAAGAGGUUUAAUUUGAAUGGUCACACCAUCACUUGGGAUUCUGUUUCCAAUUGUUAAAAGGUUUAUUUUCUCAAUGCACACCACGUACUGGAAUGUAAUUUUGUGGCAUGUACUAUUUUCUUUGUAGUUCCAUAGCAUUAAUGCCCGGCUUCUGCAGUCAAUGGAGGCCAGAAAUCAGAGUGUUGAUGAGCUGCUAUCAGAGAUUGACCAAUCUAUUGCUGCCAGUCGCCAUACAAUGAGGUGAUGCAAGCUAUUGACCUCCAUACCUAAAACAAUUAUUAGAUUCCGUUUCUGCGAUAUGUGGAAUAAUCAAGGUCGACAUUAAUGAGACAAAGCGUUUCCAGCCAAAGCUGGUACAUGUUUAAACACUAACCGAGAGACCUUGAUUAGUACGGAAAUCGAAAAAACCGAAUCUACCGACUGUUUUGAAAAACAUAACGAAACAAACACCGUCGCACUGAACAUAGUUUACUAUAUUCCAAAACGAAUAUAGCCUGCGUGUAGCGUCUCCACACAGGCAAGAAAAGAAUAGACAUUGCUCUUGGAAAUAAAACAUUGCCCGCGCAACCAACAGUGUUAGUUUAGCCUUUACACAGACAUUGUUUUCUUUUGCUUUUCGAAAACCGACGAACACGCGAGCUCGCGAGCUCGCGAGAAAGAAAAAGAAAGAACUAUUUUUUUUCCGCUAGCGGUCAAAAAAUCCCCGCGGUUUAUUUUUUUGUUUUGUUUUAUUCAUACGCACCCUCGAUGAUCUCUUAACACAGUGAAUAAGCUAGUGUUAUACAGUUAAUUGCUUCCUGAUAAUCUGAAGCUUGCGGUGAUUUCCAGAUAGACUUAUUAAUUUUAUUUUUUAUUGGUGAAUUUCGCGCCAAACAGGUAUUAAAAGUCCUUUAUUAUUAUUUUUCUUCCUGGUUGGUUAUGCCAUUUUAAAGGACUUUUUAUACCUGUUUGGCGCAAAAUUCACGGGUCGAAAAUUCUGCCAGUUACGUCAUGCUAAUUGACCAAUAGGACAGUGAAUGAUAUUUCACACCUCUCCCGACACAGCAUAUGUGGAUCAUUUUUUUUUUCGCGUAAAUUUAUAAUGUGAUUCAAAUCCAUUCGGGCGAAACAUGUCGACUUCGAGACUUUGUCGCUCGCUCGGUCGCUGCGCGACCUCAUGUAUUGAAGCUUGCUUUGCUAACUUUUAAGAUCUUAUGAGAGGUCGACUUGUAGCAAGUCUAAUUUCAAAAAUUAACUGUAGGCUUUUAGUCAGUUAGAGGAAAGGGAGUGAGUACCAGGACAAACCGCGAGCAUUUGACUCAUUGGUGGGCACGGCAAGGGAUUGGGGGGGGGGGAUACUUGACAACGUUGGUUGGCACACUGUAAAUGCAUUAUGUUAAGAAUUCGCCUGGUGUUAGGGUUGGAAAAAGUUGUCCGAGAAUUUCGUUUCAAAUAGACUACCUCGAUGGAAUUGUUGGAGUAGAGAUCAAAGCUUUGCAGAAUAUCAGGAAAAGUGUGUUCUUUUCCGGUUACUGGGAAAGGGUGCACAGUCGAACCUCCAAAUGCGAUCACCUCUCGUAAGCGACCACCUUCCAUAAGCGACCGCCGAAACAAAACACACAAAUUUUCCCGGUCAAAGCCUUACAGUUGAAACCUCUAGUAAACGACCACCUCCUGUAAGCGACCACGACCUUUUUUGUGGUCUGACGGUUGAUGAAUUUCCAUUGCUUUUAACCUCUUGUAAGCGACCGCUUGACACAUUCUCUGAUCUCUAUGUUCGCUGUCUGCACUAAGCUACUUAGAAUAUACGAAGAACUUUAGUGACAACAUGGAACUACACAUGGCAUAACGUAGACAUUGAUGCAAUUCAAUUAACUUCUAUGGUUCGAUUCUUGUAAGUGACCACUCAGUCUUUGCCUUUUGUGGUAGUCGCUUACGGGAGGUUCAACUGUCCAAAAAUUGUGUUGCGUUUGUAACUUUAUUAAAAUGCCCCAGGGUUGUCCUGCCCGCUAUUCUUACCUUAGGGUGGGCUGGGGUGGGGUAUAUUGAUACCCAAGGGAUUGGAAUGUGAACAGUUCGGUUGUCAAACGUUCAAACGGGGUAUGUUGAAGUUCGGAAUCUACCAACAGCAUAGAUACAUAUUCUCUACACUCACUUACUCCCCAAGAAAGUCGGCGAUGUGGUAUAGUAUUGUAAGUCUAAUUUAUACUAAUAAUAGACGCAUUAUUUUGACUGUUUCUUUUCAGGCAGCUUGAUAAAAACGCUGAGGAAUUCAUAGAAGAAACAGACUGGGAGCAAGUUCAACUUCAGGUGAGUGCCGAAACAAUGGGAAGUUUUCGCAGGAAACGAUUUACCCCCUAUCUCGGUUGGUGAGCCUUGUAUUUGUUCGAUGUCUGUCAUGGAUGAAGUGUAGCCUAUCUGAAAUGUUUUUUUUUUUUACUUUUUUUUAGGCUGUACAGCGUUGUGUGACGGAUUGUCCAAUAUGUAUCAUGCCGCUUACAUCCAAGGGACUCUACAAAAAGAAGAACCAAUCUCGCCCCACUGUUCUGCUGUCGUGUUCACAUGUGUUCCAUGCCACGUGCCUGGAUGCAUUUGAAGAAUUCUCACUCGACAGAAAACCAGUGUGUCCCGUGUGCCGAUCACAUUAUUACAAGAAACUUCUGUAGCGGAUGAAAAUUCUUUUUAUUCUUGUACAACAGUGAUAAUAGUAUAUUUUCUCGACUGAUCACGACUGUCGAGAAGUAAACCCGUUUGUCCGGACCGCGAGAUCAUGUUGUCUUCCAUCUGGACAAGGAACAUUGCUUGUUAUUUCUUUUUCACUUAUUUGGUGGAUGGACGAAGAAAUCUUCCCACUCUCCUCGGGUUUUGAAUUAUUAAUCCUUCAAGUCCUUCAGGUAGCUGGCUGAACAAUCUUGCAUUUGUUGGUCAAAAUUUUAUCUUAAUUGAUUGAGCGUUUUGCAUGCAAAGUUUAUGGCUAAACGGUCAAACAUGCUCUUUUAACACGGCAUUGGACGAAGGUAUGUGUGUGAA